AAUAUUAUUUUCUCAUAAAACCCCCAUGACUAAACAUCAUUUUGAGAGGUCAUGCUAAACGUGUGGUUAAAAUAAUACCACUGUUUCUCUUUAUGUCGCUGUAUGGAAUAAUCAGUGCCGAUUCAAUUUCCUCCUUUUCAAUUACAUUGCUGUUGUGGAGCUGUAGACAAUUAUUUAGCCAGUGUGACCUGUUGGAAUAGAACUUUUGUUCUAAUGUGCGCAUCUACGUGGAACGCAAAAGAACAAAAAAGGUGUACUUCCCCUGAACACACCUCCUGAAACCGGUUCCUUGCUAAAAAAGCAGCUGCACAGUGCUGCAGCCAUCUACAACCAGAGGCACCUGUAUGCGGAGGUAUGGCUCAAAAAGUGAACAUUGUUUCAAGGCAGCAGUGGGGAGCAGCUGUGCCUAACAGAGAGUCUUUGAAAGACUCUGCAAAGAAAGUUGUCAUACACCACACUGCCAACCCAAGCUGCAAAGACCAGAAAGCGUGUAUGGACCGUCUUGUCAGCAUUCAGAGGGUGCAUAUAACUGAAAGAGAGUUUGAUGACAUUGGAUAUAAUUUCCUUGUUGGAGGAGACGGUACAGUGUACGAGGGCCGUGGCUGGGGUGUGGUCGGGGCACAUGCCAGAGGCUACAAUCAUGACUCACUUGGGAUUGCCUUCAUGGGAACUUUUGAAAAUGAAACACCAAGCACUGAGGCAAUGUUGUCAGUCAAACAGCUGCUGCAAAAUGGAGUUUCUCAGGGUUUUUUAGAGCCAACGUUUGCUCUGUAUGGCCACAAAGAUCUGGGUGACACAUCAUGUCCAGGAAAAAAACUGUACGCUGCACUAUCUCAGCUGAAGAGUACAUGAAACGCAUGCAGAUUAUGAUUGUUUUGGUUGAAAAUUCUUUCCGCAGUUUCAACAGCAGUUUCACACACAAACCUUCACCAGCUCUUUGUUAAUGUCAAAUAUGCAGUAAACAGGGUGAUGGGUUGAACAUUAUAGAUUAAACACUUACUCUCUUGUA